GGGGAACCUGACGUCGGGGCGCGCGACGUCGCGGCGCGGGUGCCGAGCCCCGCGUCGUCAGUUUGCGUCUGUCUAGGGUCGCGACACCUCCACUUCCACGUACUAUAGGUACUGCGACUCGCGUCUCCGCUUCGCGUACGCGAUUGAAUCAACGACGGCAACGACGAGGAACGCCAGCAAUCGUAUCGCUCAAGAUCAAGAUCAACGGAUCGACAAGUCACGUGCUCGAUCUCUGCGAACGUCCUGCGCCGCCGGUCGUUCUCCGUUUUGGCGAUCGGCUGGCCUCGAGAAAGUUUGAGAGAAUCCUCGAGCUUUUUGAGAGGACCCAAGUAUCCUCAGAACUCUCUCGGAAUUUUUGAGAAUUCUUGGAGAAGUCUGUGAGACACGAGUCGAAACUCUGCGUAACACUUUGAAGAAGCUCGGAGCAUCUGAGAUAUCUCACAUAAGUUUAAAGCAUUUGCGGACAAGUUUACGAGAGAUGGUAAACUGGUCUGUAAAAAGCAUGACAAAAGUCGCAAGUUUUUGAAGAACUAGAUCCUGUGUAAUUUUAAGGUGCGUAAAAGAACAGUCGGGAAGUGUUAUCAAGAAUCACACCGACAACUUUCAGAAACUUUCAAGAAUCUUUGAACAUUUUUGUAAAUCAGAAAUUUUUUAGCGAUCUGCGAAGAUCUCGAAGGAUUUACGAGAUUUCAGUUUCAAAACGUCUCGAGGACCGUUCCAAGAUUACCGAAUAACUUUUUGCAUCGCGCAGAUUUUUAGUCACGUGGUCGGAGAGUUUUCAAACUUUUAAAAAUCUACGCGUUAAAUACGUGUGUUGUGUUUUAUAACAUUCGGGGAAGACUAUUUUCAGUUUCGUUUCAUGAUUCUUUUAUAGAAUCUGAGAAAAAAUUAUUCGAUCGAUGUAAAUUUGAUUAAAAGUGAUCAAUAUAAAGACUUAACGUAGUGUCUCGCACGUUUUGCGAUUUAUCAACCGAUUAUUCAGGACAUUUUACAGUAUCUCUAACGCAAAUUUUCAAUCCUGACGAAUGUUUCUUUAGAAAUCCAUUCGAAUCUUUGCUGUAGGAUAUUUUUGCUUCGCGCCUCGAGAAUUUUAAAAGUGAAAGAGCUUGACAUUUAACUGGCCUUUGGUUAUCCUGCCCCAUCAUGACCCCGAAGAAUUAUAUUUGAAAAGUCUUGAAUACGGUAAAAACGACAUAAGUGGAAUUAUCGAAGACCAGUAAGACUUUGAAGUUGAUCGAUCUGCAGCCAGAUAUUUUUGAGAAAUCGGCAAAUUCAAUUCAGCGACUGGGGAGACAGAGUUAGAUGGAUCUGUUUUGAUAUCCGACAGAAUUAUUUUCUCUCUACUGCAGUAUUUUUGAAUCGAGAUUUACGGCUAUAAGGAUCGAUCUCGGAACGGAGUGCGUGGAUCGUGCAUGUCCGAAGUCGGCGAUUCGCAGAUUACGGCGAUGAAGAUGAGCAAAGUGGGCAACCAAACCAAUUCGCAGGACCCACAGGCGGUGAAUUCACGCGUUUUCGUCGGAAAUCUGAAUACAUUUCAAUGCAGCAAAACCGAUGUAGAACGAAUGUUUCAGCGCUAUGGCCGUCUGGCUGGUAUUUCUAUGCACAAGGGUUACGCAUUCGUGCAAUUCACAAAUCCGUUUGACGCACGCAGUGCGUGUCUCGGCGAAGAUGGUCGCACCGUCCUCAGCCAGAUUCUCGAUGUAAACAUGGUGGCCGAACCAAAGCCUCACCAAACUGGACGCAAGCGACAGAAUGUCUCCAAAACUGGCAACGACUGGGACUACUACUAUGACAGUUAUUACGCGUCAACCGCGUUUCCGCCGCGUUUGGCACCACCGUUGAAACGACCGCGUUUGAUGCCACCGACACGAGCACAGCAUCCGAAGCUGCAGAAACAACAAUUGACGGCAAACACUGGCACAAUACCCGACUUGAAUCAAUUGAAAGUGUACAGCAAUCCAGAUAUACUGAUCUGCGGCAACUGCAGGGAGAUGUUCACGGAACUCGGGGAGCUGUUGGAGCACAAGCGGAACUACUGCAAGCUGCGGUUCACAUGUAAAUGUCACACCUUCAACGGAGCCGCCCCAAGAGACUCGACGACGGCGUUGCUCUGCGUCCUCUGCAAGUUAUCUUUUCCAAGUGCUUGGGAAUUGAUGGUUCAUGCCCAGGCAGCCCACAUGAUCAACAUUUACGAGCUGGGCACAAGAGCACCGAGCCCGUCGCGGAGUCCUAGUCUUGACCAACCGAAGGAGUCGUCGCCUUCCCCCCAGGAUUUCCAGGAAAUCAAGGCUACGGAUUGCGAAGAACGCGCGGAGGAGGAGGAACUUGAUGGACACGAGUUAAUACCGUCCCCAGACAGUGGCAAGUCAACGGAUAACGAAGCGGCUCUGUCGCCAAUCAAGAUUCGAUCUGACGUAAACGGGUUGGAUCACGAGGACUGCGACGAAUUGAUACAUGUCGAGAAUACCACGCAGGCAUGCAUCAUGCAUACUUUAAGCAUUGACUCUUCUUUGGAACUGAAUUCUGAUACGAACUCGAGAACAACUUCUGGAACGGUGAUGGCCUUGACCAAUGGUUCAUUAUCGGCGAAGGAAUAAACGAGAAAUAAUAAUAAUUAAAAAGAAAAGAUUCAAAGAAAAUUCAUCGGAACGGUCUUCCCCGGCCAACCAACGAGACAUAUCGAUCUCCUUUAAGGAUUACGCACCUGUUUGUAUAUAGCUUAAUUGCCUAACAAAUUAUUCAGGAUCGCUAGAUCCCGUGGUCUAUGCCGGCUGAUCAAAUAUCGAUCAUCUUUCCAAAAAAGAAAAAAAUAUCAGUUCUAUUCUGGACUUUUUUCAUACAUGUAAUUUCGUUUCAAAAUUUCAUUGAGAACAAAUUGAAAAGCUUAAUGUUGUAUGAAUUCAGAUUGGCUUAAAUUACUUAGAGAUUAUUUAUUAUUUGUGUAGCAAUGUUGAUUGGUACUUGAUUUAAUUUUGUGGAUCUUUAAUUUUUUACGUCAUUUAACGAAUCUAUAUAUUUUUUUUAAACUGUUGUAUUGAUCAAAAUUACAUUGUCUUUUUUAAAAAUAUGAGAUUUUUCAAAUAUUUGAUAUUUGCAUCUCUUAAAGUCUUAAAAUCUCUUAUUGAGUUUUGAUACUUAUAAGUGUUAAAAUUCUUAUUUUUAAAUGCAUUCGUUUAUUGUAAAAUUAAAAAAUUUUUUAAUUAUAUAUUUUGAGAUCUACAAGUUCUUAAAUUCUGUUUAUUUAGCUUUUAAACGUUUAAAAUUAAUCAAUCGCAAGAUCUUAAAUCAUAUAACGCAAUUGUAAAUCGCAAAAAUUGUUUCUUGUGAAAUAAUUUAUAUAUUUAGAAAAUUCUAUAUACACAAUGUAUAAGUUGAUUAUUAUUCUCAAUGAUAUGAAAUCAAGUGCUUUUUGUCAUUUCAAUGGCAAAAGUGUUGAAAAUAAAGGUAUUUGUGGACAAAAUAUUAGCUAAACAAAAUCACAUCAAUGGAUUUAACUUAUCAGAAAUCUUAGUCAUUAUUUAUUUACCAGUUGUUAUCUUGAAUGAAGACUAAUUAAUGUCUUCGAUAUAAUUAUAUCAUAUCAUUAAUAACUAGUAAAUAAAUAAUUUAUUAUUGGCAAAUUUGUUUCUUAAGAAAACGAAGAAAUUAUAUUAGACGUUAUAUUACUUUCUUUUAUAGCACAGUCGCACAUACGUGUGUGUAUGUAGAUUAAAUAGAAAGAUUGUCACUUUAAUUAUUCAUGAAAGGACAUAUCUUUCGAUAAACAAUGGUGUCGAUGGUGAACUAAUAACUGAAUUACGUUAUAUAAAUUUAAAUUGUAAUUGUUAUUAAAAAAAACAACUCCGUUUCUCCGUUGUUAUCUAUUCUAAAAUUUUAUUUUGAAAUUUUUUUCACCAUUUAUACUGUACGCAAUUUAAACAAUUGUUGCUUAUUUUAAGAAGGAAACAUAGUACAGAGAAAGCGAGAGACUUUAUUUUGGCGGCUAUAUUAAUUUUAUAUUAUCACAACUCUCUCUUAUUAUUAUUAUUAUUAUAUGUUAAAGAUGCUUAAAACAUGUAGUUUAGAUUAUUAUUUUAAAUUUUGAGCACAAUUCGUGCUUCUUUAUAUAUAUUUUACAGAUUUAUUAAUUCCGAUUUAAUAAACAUUGAUAAAUUUAAGCCUGUGUGUGACAUUCUAUAAAUCAGAUUCUACAAGUGUGUAUUAAUUUAUAAAUAUCAUUAUAUAUAUAUUUGAAUUUUUGAUAGGGAAAAAGAUCCGCGAACUUAGAAAUUUAUAAAUAUAUAAAUUCAAUAGCUUUCAUUAUAUAUUACUUUUAGUCCGGAUUUUAUUUAUAAUCCUUACUUAAUUCUUAGUUUAAAAACGGCUAUGAGAAUCAAAAUAGUUAUAUGUAUAUGAAUAUGAUAUAAAUUGUUAUAUUGUUUUAAAACAAUAUAUAAUAAACUAAUGUCUUUAGAAGAGAAAUUUUAUUUUUAUUUAAUUUUUAUUCUUUUCCAACCUUUGUUAGUGAUUUGCCAUCGACAGCCUCUGUAGUUUAUGCAUAUCAGAGAUCUAGUCAUCUCAUUUUUUUAAAUAUCCUGUACAAUUCGUAAAUGUAACGCAAUUGUGAAAAAACAAACAUUAUCGACAGCCGGGAAAAAAUCGGUCGAGCUUUUUCGAAGCCUGACGCGCUUCUCUUUCUGCGUUUUUUUCUCUGUGCAAAACGAACAACAUAAUAUUUAUUAUGUCACGACUAGAUGGUAGCGACGAGAGUUAUUUGUUUAUAGCCCCAUAUAUAAACAAUGUUUUAUGGAUUAUUAAUGUCUAAAUAAAAUAUAUUACGUCUUUUAA